CUGAUUCAAAUUCUUGGUGAUGUUGAGGUUUGCCUACAAACUGCAUCAAAUGCGGCGAGUAAUCAUAUGGGCACUGUUGUGUACUUAGAUACAGGCAACUCUUUUUCCCCUCAACGCAUUGCCCACUUCCUUGGAAAGACUAAUGAGCUUGCAUCUUCUCAGGUCAAAAACGAAAUUCUGCAACGAGUAAUGAGCAACAUAUUGUGUCACUCUGUGUAUGACAUCUUUGAGAUGUUUGAUUUGCUACAUAAGCUAGAAUAUCAAUUGAGAUAUCAGGACAGAGGAGGCUGUCAGAUGCGAUUGCUAAUAAUUGAUUCAAUCUCAUUGCUGAUCACCCCUGUACUCGGAGGAACCAGCUCACAGGGGCGUGCUUUGAUGGUGUCUGCUGGAUAUUUGCUGAAAAAGCUUGCAGAUCAGCAUAAUCUUGCGGUGCUUGUGACCAAUCAUACAGUGGGUGGUGAGGGAGGGACUUCCAAACCAGCUCUUGGAGAGAGUUGGAAGAGCAUCCCACAUUCGAGGCUUCUCCUGUCCUGUGACCGUGGGAGCAAUGUCUGCAAUGUUUCCAUUUUAAAACACCCAUCCAUGGCUUCUGGGGAGGCUGCAAGGUUUGUGAUUUAGAGCAGACUAUACAGGUGAGCUUGGGAUGUAAAGAAAAUGGUAAAAAGGAGCUGUUUCAUGAAGUAAAAAUGCUAGUUACUUUUAAGCAUGGAUGAUCUCAGCUGCAUUAGUCAGGAACAGAUGUAAUUCAAUUGUAUAUGGCAAGUGCUAAUUGUUUUGACUGC